AUGAAGGCGCCAAGGCCGGAUGGAUAUGGUAGCUUCUUUUUUCAGGAUAACUGGGACUUAGUUGGCUCAGAAGUUUGUGAUGCAGUUCUCUCCUUUUUAAGAACUGGAAGUCUCUUAAAAGAAUUAAAUGCUACGACGAUUACGCUUAUUCCAAAACCUAAAUGCCCAAAUAAUGUGAGUGAUUUCAGACCUAUAGCUUGCUAUUUGGGGCGUCAUUAUGGAAGGAAAAGUAGUAAACCGAGCUGUAUGAUAAAGAUUGAUUUGAGAAAAGCGUAUGACACGGUGGAGUGGGAUUUUAUUGAAGAAAUGUUAAUUGCUUUUAAGCUCCCCCAGGAAUUUACUCACCUCAUCAUGACUUGCAUCAGAACGCCGAAGUUCUCUUUGAUGAUUAAUGGAGCAAUGCAUGGAUAUAAGUUUCAUGAUAGGUGUGCUCAAUUGAGAUUGAAUCAUUUGUGCUUUGUAGAUGAUCUUCUCCUUUUCUGUCAUGGAGAUUUUGUGUCAAUCUUGUUAAUGCUAAGGGGGCUCAAAUUGUUCUCUAAAACUUAUGGCCUUCUCCCUAGUGUAACAAAAUUAGCUAUCUAUUGUAGUGGCAUGCCAGAAGAGGAAGUGAGAAGAGUGCUCGCUAUUUCGGGAUUCAGGAGAUGCAAUUUACCAUUCAAAUACCUGGGUAUUCCGAUUUGCUCAAAAAGAAUGAGUUCUGCUGAUUAUGGAAACAUUAUUGAUAACAUGGUUCAGAGGAUUCGUAUGUGGAGUUCGAGGAAUCUUUCUUAUAUGGGACGAGUAACUCUUAUAAACUCAGUUUUGAUCCCAAUUCAUUCUUAUUGGGCUCAAAUCAUGAUUUUGCCUAAAAUUUUGUUAAGGAAGGUGGAAUCAAUUUGUCAAGCUUUCCUUUGGAAAGGGAUGGCUGAAGGCUUGGGUCCGAGUCAAGUAGCAGGGGAGAAUGCUUGUCUGCCUAAAUCGGCUGGAGGUUUAGGAUUUCGCAAUAUGAUUGACUGGAAUAUAGCAGCUAUGGGGAAAUAUGUUUGGGCGAUUGCUGCUAAAAAGGAUAAUCUUUGGGUUAGGUGGAUACAUAGUGUCUACUUGUCUAAUGGGAAUUGGUGGAAUUACACAACCCCUCCUAAUUGCAGCUGGUAUUGGAAAAGGAUAGUAGUAGUCAAGGACAUCAUAAAAACUAAGAUUGAUUUGAGCACUUUCAUCGCUGAAGGAUAUAGCAUCCAACAACGGUAUGCAUUCCUUUAUCCAAUUACUGAUCGAGUGCAAUGGAACAAUUAUGUUUGGGGAAGACUCAAUAUUCCCAAACAUAGAUUCAUUUUUUGGUUGGCAAUGAAGAAAAAACUUCGCACCCGAGUUUAG